AAAAUUAAAAUCUAAAACUACUAAACUCAGCAUCUCCAUACAUAUGCUUCGACAGAGAAACACCUUGCUCGCCGUCAACCACCUUUUUCUCCGCCGCAAAAACCAGAUUAUGCUAAGUCACUAAUGUUGUCUUUAAAGAAAUCCUCAAUAGCUACUGUUAGUUCUCUUUUGAGGUUGUGCAAUGGAUGUUGUUCGCACAAUGUUGCGAAUUGUAUCAAAGGCCGCAAUACGUUAAGGGCUAUGUCCACUGCUGCUGAAAGGUGGGAUUAUCAAUUUUCUGGUGAUUACCAAUCAGAUGGUUCUUUAGGUUACAAGCAAAAUCAAGCUGGCUUUUAUCAGCAAAAUGCAAGUGGAUCUUUUCGUAAUAAUCAUCCUAGUUCAGACCAAGUUUCUUAUGGAGCUGGUCAAACAGUGGGUGGAGGAAAUGUAAAUAUCAGCCAGAAUGUAUUUCAAAAUAAUUUGGCGGAGCAUAAUGGAAAUGUCAGAGGGGGGGAAUUUGGUCAAAGAAACUUCCAAACGCAACAUAAAGUUGGGUUAAGUGUUGAUAAUUCAAGGGGCUUUGGGAUGCAUCCUAAUGGUUCUCUUGAGGGACAUAAUUGGACACUAGAAUCUGGAGAAAAGAUGAAGUUUCCCAAUUCAUAUAGUUCACCUAGGCCUUUAGAAUAUCGGGGAAAUCAGAAAGAGAACCUUAAUCAAAACAUCGGUCAUUUUCAGCAGGCACCAAAUAUGAAUACUCAAAACAUCGGUCGUUUUCAGCAGGCACCAAAUUUGAAUACUCAAAACAUCGGUCGUUUUCAGCAGGCACCAAAUUUGAAUACUCAAAACAUCGGUCGUUUUCAGCAAGCACCAAAUUUGAAUACUCAAAACUCUGCUUAUGGACAAUCUCAACAUAAUCUAAAUGGUCGAUAUCCACCAGAUGGUGAGUCCAUUGAUGCAUCUAAUGAUAGUCCAUAUAGAGGUACACUUGAGGAGCUAGAUGGUUUUUGCGUGGAAGGUAAAGUGAAGGAAGCAGUUGAAGUUUUGCAAGUGUUGGAAAAGCUUCAUAUUCAUGUGGAUUUGAAUCGUUGUUUACAAUUAAUGCACCAAUGUGGGAAGGAUAAGUCUCUUAAUGAGGCAAAAGUUGUACACAAACAUGCUUUGCAGCAUUUGUCACCUCUCAAAGUCAGCACAUGCAAUAGAAUAUUGGAGAUGUAUUUUGAAUGUGGGUCUGUAGAUGAUGCAGUCAAUGUGUUCAAGAACAUGCCUGAGUAUGAUUUGACUACGUGGUAUACUAUGAUAACACAACUUGCUAAGAAUGGGUUUGCGGAAGAUUCAAUUGAUAUAUUUACUCAAUUCAAAAAAUCGGGACUGAAACCCGAUGGCCAAAUGUUUAUUGGGGUUUUUACUGCAUGCAGCGUGUUGGGAGAUACUGAUGAGGGAAUGCUGCACUUUGAAUCCAUGACCAGGGACUAUGGCAUUGUACCAACUAUGGCGCAUUAUGUCAGUCUAGUUGACAUGAUUGGCAGUAUUGGGCAUCUUGAUGAAGCCUUGGAAUUCAUUGAAAAGAUACCAUUGGAACCAAGUGUAGAGGUCUGGGAGACUUUGAUGAAUAGUUCCAGAGUUCAUGGAAACACCGAGUUGGGGGAUCGUUGUGCUGAACUAGUUGAAAAGUUGGAUCCUUCUCGUUUGAAUGAGAAAUCAAAAGCUGGCCUUUUACUUGGAGAAACUUCAGACUUAAUAAAAAACAAGGAGCCGAACAAAAGCAAGAAUCUUCUAGAAGUUCGGAGUCGAAUCCAUGAAUAUCGAGCAGGAGAUACUUCCCAUCCAGAAAAUGACAAAAUAUAUGCUUUGCUUAGAGGUUUGAGGGUCCAAAUGAAAGAAGCUGGUUAUAUUCCAGAGACGAGAUUUGUAUUGCAUGAUAUUGACCAAGAGGGCAAAGAAGAUGCUCUCCUUGCCCACAGUGAGAGACUUGCCGUUGCUUAUGGUCUCCUUAACAGUUCUGCUCGUUCUUCUAUUAGAAUAAUUAAGAAUCUCCGUGUUUGUGGUGAUUGUCAUACUGCACUGAAGAUUAUUUCUGACCUUGUGGGUAGAGAACUCAUCAUCCGUGAUGCUAAAAGGUUCCACCAUUUUAAAAAUGGGCUAUGCUCUUGCAGGGAUUAUUGGUGAACAUUAACCUUAGGUGUAUCCUGACUUUGUGCUGGAUUGAAUGACGUGGCUGUUAGUGAUCACCCUCCAAACCUGCACUACAUACAUCUCAUGGUUAUUGAAAUCAAUCUCUAUAUAGAUAAAGAGAUUAACCAAAGUCUUCUGCAUUGUGGAAAUAUUAAUCAUCAAGUAAUGGAAUGUGAAAUCAAGGAGACAAAACUGUUAUGACUGUCAGGCUGUGUCAGCAUAUCUUCAUUUAACAGAACUCAAAUUAAUUUAUUUGUUUCAUAGUCAUAAUUGUGUCCAGGUGCUAGCUGCUAUACAAAUUGAGCUAAAAUAUAUGGUUGGUAGCAGUGUUAAAUGACUUGUCAUUUGGAAAACAACAUCCUUCUUGUUGGUGCUGAGAGAGUACAUGGAUUUAAAGAUUAAAUA